AUGAUGGGUAUCCGAACACCUCCAAAAACCCACCCACAAAGGCAACCAGACAGAAAAGCAGAGGCUUCUACCCCGGAAAUAAGAUGUAAUAUUGACUCAGGGGAGCAGGCCACAAAUACGAGCCCUAACAGGAAAAAUGAAGCCAUUGCAACAGCGAGUAAAAGAGGGGAGGCUUCUCCUAUAUCUUCAGGGAAGAAAACACCGAGAAUAAUGGAAGCCAAAAACUGCUUGCUGAAAGCAAUGGCCCAUUUGGGGGACUCAAGAAACUUGAAGACAGAAAUUAAAACAGGAGUCUCUAAAGCCAUAAAGCGCCUCUAUCAACUUGUGAAAGAUGCCGAAGAAGAUUUAAAAAACAAAUACUUGCAGGAAACAACAGAAAAUGAGGAGGAACAGUUGUUUUCAACUAAUAAACUAGAAGUGAAAUUGGAAAUGCAGAUAAGAAGGCUGCAAGAGGAGAAUAAAAAACUUGAAGAAUGUAGGCUAAAAAUCCAAAAACAAACAGAGAAGAGAGAGGAACGGAUACUGUCUGAAUUAAAGAACGAACUGGGUAAACAAGCCCUCAGAGAAGAAGAGAGAGAAAAGAAAAUGGAAGAAAGAGUUAAAACCUAUGCGGAAGUCACCCUCGCGAAGGGACAAAUAAGUUAUGGCCCUAUCGGCCAAGCGGAUAAUAAAAUAAAGAAAACCGCACUACAUUCUGUCGUGGUAGAACCCAAUAACACAACCGAUACGUCGGAAGUCACUCUGCAACACAUUAGAAAAAACCUAAGAGCAAAAGAGGGCGGAAUUCAGGUAGAAAGAAUUAAGAAGGCUAAAGAUGGAAAGGUCGUGGUAGGUUGCAAAACAGAGGGAGAAAUAAAAAGCGUUAAACAAAGGCUGACACAAGGGGAAAUCCCCUUAAAAGUCAAAGAUGUGUCUAAUAAAAACCCCCUGGUAAAGAUUAAAAAUGUUCUUAGCUAUAUAUCAAUUGAAGACAUAGUCGAAUCAUUAAAGAAUCAAAAUAAAGGGAUUACGGCUCACCUACAAGACGAAAAAGAUUGGCACAUUGCAGAAAAGUACAGACGGAAAUGCCGAAACCCACAUGAAAACCACGUAGUGCUACAAGUCUCGCCAAAUAUGUGGAGAGCUCUUACGACAGCCGGAAAAAUCCACGUGGACAUACAAAGAGUGUGGGUGGAGGACCAGUCGCCACUCGUGCAGUGCACAAUAUGCCUAGGAUUCGGUCACAGCAGGAAGUUCUGCAAGCAAGAAAGUGAGCUAUGUAGCCACUGCGGCGGACCACAUUUAAGACAAAAAUGCCCAGAUUACAAUGAAGGCAAACCACCAAAGUGCUUAAACUGCUUAGACAAAGGAGAAACAGGCAACAAUGACCAUAGUGCCUUCAGCACCGACUGCCCAGUCAGGAAGGGAUGGGACAGAGCGGCCAGACAGAGUUAUGCAUACUGCUAA